GAGGUAGGAGACGGAGGCGGCGGCGGCGGCGAGCGGGGAAGCGAGUGAGGGAGCGAGCGCGACAUGUCCCCGGCGGCCGCGGCCCUGGCGGCAGGCGGAGCCGGGCGCUGCUGAGGAGCCGAGCCCCUUGCGGCGGGAGGAGCCGGGCCGGGGCCGCCCGCGAUGCUGCUGGGCGCCGGCGCCGGGGCGGGGGCGGCGCUGCCGCUGCUGCUGCCGCUGCUGACGACGGUGCUGCCCCCGCUGCCCCUGCUGCUCCUGCUGGGCCUCGGCGGCGCCGUCCCCGGGGCGGUCGCAGUCGCGGGGCUCGGGCUGCCCGAGAGCGUCAUCUGGGCCAUCAACGCGGGCGGCGAGGCGCAUGUGGACGUGCACGGGAUCCACUUCCGCAAGGACCCUCUGGAGGGCCGGGUGGGCCGAGCCUCAGACUAUGGGAUGAAACUGCCCAUCCUUCGUGCCAACCCCGAAGACCAGAUCCUCUAUCAGACGGAGCGCUACAACGAGGAGACCUUUGGCUACGAGGUGCCCAUCAAAGAGGAGGGGGACUACGUGCUGGUCUUGAAGUUUGCCGAGGUCUAUUUUGCACAAUCCCAGCAGAAGGUGUUUGAUGUACGCUUAAAUGGUCAUGUGGUCGUGAAGGACCUGGACAUCUUUGACCGGGUCGGUCACAGCACGGCUCAUGAUGAAAUCAUCCCCAUUAGCAUCAAAAAGGGAAAGCUGAGUGUCCAGGGGGAAGUGUCCACCUUCACGGGGAAGCUCCACAUCGAGUUUGUCAAGGGGUACUACGACAAUCCCAAAGUCUGUGCACUAUAUAUCAUGGCUGGGACCAUAGAUGAGGUGCCGAAGCUGCAGCCUCACCCAGGCCUGGAGAAGAAGGAGGAGGAGGAGGAGGAGGAAGAGUACGAAGAAGGUUCCAACGCCAAGAGGCAGGCCAGCAAGAACCGGGUCCAGUCGGGCCCCCGGACUCCCAACCCGUACGCCUCGGACAACAGCAGCCUCAUGUUUCCCAUUCUCGUGGCCUUCGGCGUCUUCAUUCCGACCCUCUUCUGCCUCUGUCGGCUGUGAGGACGCAAGGCCAUCCUGGGGGGGGGGAGAAGGGAGGACAAAGGAGACCGAACUUGAUUGGGUUUGGUUUCUUGAUGUUUUUCACAAUUUAUUAACAAAAAGUUUUUUAAAGAGGCAGAACGAGGAGAGAGUGGCCUUGCCCGGCCCGGCUCUGGGGCGGCCUCAUUUCACUCCCCUCGCUUUCUCCGUGGCUGGCAUCCAGUGGCUGCCUUCCUCUCCAAGGUACUUGGGGUGAAAUCGGACCCUUCCCAGCUAAGGAGCCUGAGGCUGAUCCCCGGGGCUCCGAUUGGUGUCCCUCGGGACAGGGCUUGGGCCCAGAGCACAAAUACUGUUCCCUUUUAAGACGGAACCUUAGGAGAAGCAGGGAUGGAGAAUGGAUGGGCUGAGAGAGACCAUCACUGGGAAGGAGGCGCGGGCCCGGACCCAAGGAGGUGGGGCAUAGGGUCCGGGGUGGGGGAGCCCGCCUGAGGCCUGAUGGGAGCCCCAUGGGCUGGUCUCCAAAUGAAAGUUCUGUCUUAAAAUGUGCGAACCACAAGGUGGGACUCCCUGACCAGCGAGGGCAGCUGGCCAGGGAACCAGAGCAGCAGCUUUACCUCCUGUCCUGAAACUGCCUUUUUGGCUUUUGUCACACAAAAUACAUUUUGCUUUUAGUGCCUGUCGGGGACUUGAUUUUGCUUUCCCUCCCCCACUCCUUUAUGCUACUCGACAUUUCUUCCCUUCUCCGCCUCUUCAUGGUGGGGGGGGGUCUCCUCGAGGAGUCAGGGUCUCUUGUUCUGAUACUCAUGGGAAUGACCCCUCUAGACUCCUGGGGGCCGGCCAGGACUUCACUUGUCUAAAAGCCCAUCUGGACUUGGAGCUGAAGAUGGUUUAUCAGUUAAAUGAGCAGUGAAGGCGAGACCUCGGCCCCCGCUCGAUGCCUUCCAUUUGGGCCCAGCCAGGCCUCCCUGGUUCUGGAAGCCGCCUCCUCUUCCUAGGAGCGGUGGGCCCUGUGGUCUCUAGCUUACGAGGGCCAUUUGGCACUCACUACCUCCCGCAGGGGUGUGCGUCAUGUGGUUCUGUACCCAAGGGCCAGGAUUGUACGACCAAUUACUUCCUGAUAAUUGACCUAGAGCUGCCCCCGAGAUACUUAACUGCCUGGCUGUACCUUUGAUGUGACCCGGGCCUUGCAGCAGAGCCGCUGGGGCUUCUGACGGGUCGGCCGGCUCUCCCCUUCUGCUCUCAUCAUCUGCCCCCUGCCCUGCUCGACAGCAAUAAUGUGGCCAUCCUCAGGGGCAGUGCCUGGAAGCGUUCCAAUUCACUGGAAUCCUGGCAGCCUUCUAGUCCAUCUUUCUAUUCACGUUUUACUUCCUCUGCAGUGUUCCAAUCUCCGGGAAAUAGAAGACCUUUGUCGGACUUCCCUCGCCCGCCUCAGUCACGGUGGGCCGAGGCGGGGCCCAGCCAGGCUCAGGGAGGGCGCCCUAAAGCCCCAGGCCCUGUCCCCCAGCAUGUGGAAAUCCCAAUUGGUGACCGAGUCGCCCGUCAAUCACCUCGCCAGCCUCAUACUCAGAGAUGGCACUGGGGCAGCAGAGCGCUCAGAAACUCCAGAGGCACGACCCUUGUGGGCUUUUUUCUAACAGGCUCCGGUCGCUUGAACUGCCCUUAAGCUCUCCCAGCUGCCCAGUGCUGUCAGCUACUCCCUCUGGGUCAUGGUCACCAAUAACCUUGGGCUGCUUCUAAUCAGGAGAGGAGGCCUGGAGACUUGCAUUUGGCCUUGUUUUGUUUCUUGAUCAGCAAGAUUUCCUUCCCUCCCCCAAGAGAGGGGUAGCUUGACUCCUUUGGCCCUUUUUGCAGUCCUGGGUCCUGUGACCAUUUUGUAACGGUACUCCCCCCCCCGCCCACUCCCCCCAGAAGGUUUGGCCCUUUCUCCUUGAGCUGGGCAGGAGAAAAUUUUCCUUUAUAGCUGUGUUCAAAGGAAGGAACACCUUUCCAUGAUCUUAACGAGUCUGAAGGUGAAGCAAGGGCACAGAGAAUGAUGUGGGUGGGGAUGGGGGGAGGAUCCCCUUAAGCCUAGGGUUCCCUAGGCAGGAGUUCCCCCCUUUGUCCAGGCCUGGCUCUAGCUGGUCCAGAAAACCCUCGGCUUCUCCAAGGCCUGCUAUACCCUAACAGAUAUAGGUACAUGGGGAUGAGGGCUCUUUAUUAUUAUUAUUUUUUUUUUUUUGUAUUAUGUAUAUUAGAAAUUACUCUAGUGUGGGCCUCCUGCUUCCUGUAUUGGUUCCCAUCUUACACUUUGAGCCACUGCUGGAGCUGCCCCUAGCUGUUGUCCAGGAGACACCUGAGGCCAUCUGUCCCCUGGGGCUCAUCUUCCUCCUCAACUUCCCCUUCUGCUCCCCUCACCUCAACUCACCUAAGGCAGGAGAACCCCAGCCAGCAUCGGGCUCCUCCGGCUGGGCACUCCUGGGCCUCUCCCCAGGCACAAAAGCUUGGCAAAGCUGAGGCUGAUCAGCUGGUUCUAAUGGGAGUGUGGGGGCCGACAGAUCGGGUUCUGCUCUGGGCUUCAGGCAGGCUAAACGGCAGCCCUGGGCUAGAGCAAUAGAUGGCUGCUCCAUUCACAACAAAAAUGUCCUUUUCCCAUGCUUCUGGUUGGGGCGGGGGAAACUGUACUGGGGGGGUCCUGGUUUGGCAUUCUGGUGGCUUGGCUAGGUUUUCCUUAAAUUGCUAUUGGCCAGUGUCAUCGGGCUUGGUGUUGAGUGUCCAUGAUUAGUAAAUCCCCCUCAGAGUCUCCAAGCUUGUUCUCUCUCCCACGGAGCGUGGGGGCUUGUUUGAGCCUGGCUUUGGUUUGGGGCCUGUUGUGGGUAACCUUCGGCUCCUCUUCUCCUCUCUGGGCGGUGCCUGGGAACUCAUUAGAUCUUUGGGUUUUUCUUAAGUUUUCAGUUUGAUUUCCCAUGUUUUUGGAGAAGCUUCUGUUUUAAGGGAUUUCUCCUUUCCUUCUCUCUUCAGCCCAUCGACUGGGAAAGUGCGGGUGUCUCAGAAUCUCAGCCAAACUUCACAAGCACUGGCAGUAUUUUCAAUUGCCCAGCUCUUAAUAUAAAUUUUUCUCAAAACCUACUCACCUUGGGGAGUCCAGGGAAGGAAUCGGCAGGUUUUCGGUCCUUAAGGAGGCGGCAGAGUCGGUCCCUGGGGGACUGGGGAGGGCCCCAGUCAGCACAGUGCCUUUCUUACUCUCUUUUCUCUGUGUCUCUCUGACCUCUUUUUGUUUUUAAGCUGUUUUGAGCCUUGGUAGACUCUCUAGAUUCAGGUCUGGGCCAGGAGCUAUCCCUUCCUGCAUGUCCCUCACACACCCUGUUCCCCCUGCAAUAAAAAAAGAUCUGUUUGAUGUCCUAAAGGUACCCAGUUGAGUCGUGGUGCCUGGAUGGCCAAAGUGGUGGAGCUGCCACCUUCAGAUUUCCCCUCGCCAAGACCCAGAGGGACUCGGGAAGAGAAACUUUAAAAUAUGAAAAAACGUCCCAAUUCUUUGGUGAAGAUCCAGUAGGAGCAGCCUCCCCCGUUCUGGACAGCCGGCCAAGGGCUGGGGCCGCAUCCCCUGCUAGAGCCCGGUGGAAUAUGAGAAGUGGAGAGGUUUCCAUCCUCCUAUGGAAGGGUGGGAAUGAGGCUCAAACAGCUGAGAAACCUCUUCAUCUCUCCCCAGGUGGCGGGCCUUCUCUGGGACUGGGAGGCCAAGGGCUCUCCUUUGUAAUGGGCCUCCAGCAGCUGGAGGGGUUUGCCAGUAGGAUCCGGGAUGUGCUUGGUGACCUUCCCAUGGGCUGCCUUUUUGGCCAGGGUUAGUGGUCCAGGUGGACUGGAGCUGGAGAGACCGAGGGCAGCCGAGUUGGCAGGAACAGAGCAGGCAUGGAGUUUACACUUUGUGUUGGAGUGAGCGGAUCUGGUGGCAGAGGGGGGGGGGGGGGGCUCCUCCCAGUUUCCUGGGCCUACAACUAGGACCAGGGGCAGCUCCUUGGGCUUUAGGCUUCCCCUCCAGGAAGGACUGGCUGCUCAAC